CGCAUGCGCACGGUGGAGCUCCAUCUUUCCAUCGCGAGCGCAGCACAACAGCGGAUGUGUUGAUGCUUUCAGUCGUUGUUUUUUUAUUUUUAAACGCCCGGAGUCGAUGUGAAAUCAACCCUAACGGAUUCUUUCUCCGUUAUUACCCGCCCGGGAGCUGAAGGCGGACAGAAAUGCGGCGUGUGGCGGGUAUUAUGAGGUAGAUUGAGCGCUGCUGCUGCUGCGCUUCGGCCGCGGCGACACAUUUGAGUGUAAAUUCGCUGAAAGAGUGUUUCCGGCCCGCACGCGAGCAGGAACCAUGAAUUUGCAAGUUCUGCACCAAAAAGUCCUGGAGUGAGAACCGGUCUGUGAUGAUCUCAAGACGUGCUGCAAGAACAUGAAAUGCGUUGUCUUCAGUAAAAGACGCAUCACGUGACGUGAACAGACCCCUACAGCGCUGAGACCACGGGUCCCUGUGCCUGCCAGAGCUACACAACUUUUUCCAUGUGUUUAGUUCUUUCAGGUCCCUUUAUGUCGAACCCAGAAGUGCUAUAGGAUUGUCUUCUCAUGGCUCUGAUUGGUCAGACGCUAGCAGCGGAUUGCCUGUCUGCGUUUAGUGAUCAAGUAAUGAGGCCCGUAUGUGGCCGGUCUGUACUGUGAGCUGGACUCACCUGCGGUCCCAUCCGGAACGUUGUGCUCUGUCUUCGCCCUUCUGAGCAUCAGAAUGAGACAUUGUGUCAGGACGGAGAAGAGCGUGUGAUCUCUGGCAAGAGUUUAGCACUGGUCCAUAAACAUGAAUGGAGGAAAAGAGAGAGAUGAAGGAGAGGGCAAAGGGCAACUCGCCCAGGUGCCUAUUGGCUGGCAGCGAAAGGUGGAGACCACAGGUGUCAUUUAUAUCAGUCCAAGCGGAUCAGUGCUGGCCUGCCUUGAUCAGGUGAAGUCUUACCUGCUGACUGAUGGCACCUGUAAAUGUGGGCUGGAAUGUCCACUCAUUCUCCCCAAGGUUUUUAAUUUUGAUCCUGGUGCGGUGGUGAAGCUGAGGACUGCAGAAGAUGUAAAGGCUGAUGAAGAUGUUACCAAGCUUUGCAUUCAUAAGAGGAAGCUUAUUGCUGUGGCCACGCUGCACAAGAGCAUGGAGCUGCCGCCUCCUUCCCUUACGCUCACCAGUCCUGGGGGCGGCACAAGCGUGACCUCCAUAAAUAACCCUAACCCAACUGCACAGUCCCGAGCAAUAAGGAGUAAAACCCACGAGUCCGAAUGUAAGAACCCAUUUAAGGCGAUGAUGGCAGCAGGGCAGCGACACUUCUCUCCAGAGCUGUGCGGCCCACAGCAGCAGGACCUUUACGCUGGAUACUCCAGGCAGAGGCUGAGCAGCAGUGAGCCAGGACCGAAGUCUCCGUUCCGCAGCGGACAUGGAGGCAUGUUGAGUCCGCCCUCGCAACCUUUCGGGGAUGGGUCUUUGUCCCCUAGAACAGACAUUAUUGGUAGUCCUGACAGGUUUAUGCGUAACAACCCUUGUGGCUUCCAAGGGACCAGCAGUCCCAGCGCUACCCACACCAACAGCCGCAUCCCUUUGUCUUCUCCCGGCGUCAUGAUACACAUCUCGCCUGCUGCACAGCAGUCGUCCUGCGUCAUGGCGGGAAGGACUAACAUGCCUCUGUCACCCCCGGUCCCUAACAAGAGUCCCGUCAUGAAAAAGACGCUGUGCAACUACUCAGCCAGCUUGGACUCGAGCAGAACUGCGUUUCACCACAAGGCUUCGCCUGCUCCUGCCCCACCCCUGCCUCCACCCUGUGCCCUGCAAAAUAAACAGGUUAGCUCUGAGAAGGACCCUCUUGGCAUUCUGGAUCCCAUCCCCAAUAAACCAAACCCCCCACCCCCCUUCCUGCCCAACUCCCACGCUCAGGUACCAAUGAUGAAUGUAAACAUCCCUCCAGCCAUUGUCCCCUUGCCAAGCAACCUUCCCUUACCCACAGUUAAGCCAGGGCCGGUUGGCCAUGGCGCUCACCUGCAGAGGACUCAGCAUGUCACAGCCUCCUCCAUCUCUUCGUCGCCCGUCACUUCCCCCGUGCACAUGUCCGGGCUGGCUUUGGGUCGCAUGGAAGCGUCUCCACAGCGAUCCCGCUCCUCGUCCACCUCCUCCGAGCAAGGGAGCUUUGCUGUUCCCCCCUGCAGUAGCAUGAAGGUUCCGCCGCGCUCGCCCAGGUCCUCCAUGAAUUCUCCUAGACCUGCUUUGCCUUCCAGCCCGUCUGGCAAGCCGGAUAGUCUUCACCAGUACAAAGAGAUGCCCAAUCAGCUGUUGACAAGCAUGAGCAGCUCCAUGAGUGGUCAACACAUCCUCAUGUAUUCCACCGCUUCAGGCAACAACACCCUGCAGAAGGAGAACCCAGGGCUUUUGGGCAUGCCCCUAAACCAGAUCAUCAACCAACACAACGCUGCCUCUUUCCCCGCCAGCAGUCUCCUGUCAGCUGCUGCCAAAGCACAGCUAGCCAAUCAAAACAAAGUAGGGGGAAAUGGCACGGGAAGUGCAGCGAGUGCCGGGAGCGGUGGAGGGGCUGAUGCCGGCAGAACUGUUGAAGGACACAGCGCUUUAAAUCCUAUGUUGCCGCCUAACUCUGCCAUGAUGAUGCCGGGUAGCGAGGGGCAGAGUGGGCGUGCAGCCCUGCGGGACAAGCUUAUCGCGCAGCAGCGGGACCCGCUCCGCAAGCGUAAGCUUCCUCCAAAUGCUGGCAACCAUGAGAGCAACUACUUUAACGUGCUAAAGACGGACGUGGGUGGUAUGAGGGCACCCUGCCCUUCUGCCGAGCAAAUGAGAAAAACAUCCCGACUGCCCCCAACCACCUCAAUGGCUCAGUUACUCCAAUCUCUGAGCAACCACAGUUCUCACAUGGCAAGAGGCCGAAACCCAGGCCUCGUAGGUCCCGGUCGAGUGCAUUUUGUUGAGGGUGUCGUGCCCUCUGGAGCAGUCCAUGCGAGCAUGCAGGUGCAGCAACGGAUGCAUGGCCAGACAGAAGCGAUGCUUUGCCCUGGUGUGGAAUCUGUUCCCAGCCAGUUUCCAGGUGUGUUGAACCAGAUGCAGGCUACGGCAAUGGGGAACUGUGGGCCUAUAAACCACAGCGGACAAGUUUCUCUUGGAAACCACGGGAUGGGACACGUCAGCUCUCAUUUUCAGCAGCACAGCCAGCCAAACAUCAACUGCAUGCUGCCUAGCAGCACUGAUGCCUGCUGCUCGCAACCCAUUGCUGACACAGGUAACCAUUCAUCGCUGAGCUGCAGUAUUGGUGGCGCUCCUCAGAUGCCCGGCGUCAUGGCUGCCACAGGGCACUUGUACCAACAGCAGAUGCACCCGGCACUACAGGGAAUUCACGGGGUCUCCACAUAUCAAAGUCAGGGGCAUUCCUUCCCAUCAGCUCCUUUUACAGACAGUACUGCUCCCCACCCCAACAGCUUGCCAUGCCUGUACCAUGAUUAUCAGGGGUGCAUGUCUGACAGCUCCCAGCCUGGGAUGACAUCUCAUUCUGGGGCCACGGGGAUGUACCGAGACGGUGCGCAGAAGCUACAGGGUGAUGUUUCCAUGGCAGGAGCCAGCAGAGGUCAGAGUUCGGUGGAUGCCAUCUACAGGGCGGUAGUGGACGCCGCUGGCAAAGGAAUGCAAGUGACCAUCACUGCCGGUGAGAGCAGCAGCACACAGGCGAGCCCUGUCCCAGCGCUCAGCGCCAUGAGUGCCUUCACCGCCUCCAUCGGCCAGCCGCUCAGCCUACCUCAUGCCGUCAACGCGGUCAUUCACGCUCCGUGCAGUUCAGAUGGGGCCGACUCUAUAAGCCAGCCUCACCGCGCUCGACCGCAGCUUGCCAAACGCACGCGCAGGAGCUCUGAGCAAGGGAAGAACACUUCUGACGGUGGAGACACUCACGAGUAUUUUCGCUCACGUAGUGCUGCCACACCGAUGCGACUGCAGUGGGAUGAGCCCAACCAACCUCACUGGAGAGGGGAAGAGUUUCUGGAGUGUUCUACCCAGGUACACACCGGUUCAUGUAGUAGCAAAGUAGAAAGAACAAGCCUCAUGAAAACGAUGGGACAGACUCGUGACCCUGUCGACUCUCAGAUGGGUGAAAGCGGAAACCUGCGACUAAACAAUUGCAUCGCCGGUAGUGCAAGAGAACGUGGCGAGCCCCCGGAACGCUGCGCUCAGCUAAACGGCACGUUGCCUCGCGCCGCCUACGGGGAACCGUUCACCGGAGACGACCAGUCGCCUGGCUCCUCGACCAGCUUGGAGGGACCACUGGUGAAAGACUACACCCACUUUAAUGGACACUUUAACGGACACUGUGCGCCCAGCCCCUCCGACACCAAGAGUCUGAGCAGUGAGGAGGAACUUCGUCACCCCGACUCGCCUUCAGCCGACCUUCUGCACUACAGGCCCAGGGCUUUUAAUGUGGGCGAAUUGGUCUGGCCAAUAAAAGGCUUCCCUCCUUGGCCUAAUAAACUGAUGGGAGAAGAACAUGAACACAAUCCCAGCAUGCAACUGUCUGAACAAGCGAAGGUAGAGCCGGAGCAGCUAAAAUCUCUAACACAAGACCUUCAGGCGCUGGACAGAGUCAGCAGGAAAAACAGAAAGGCUGGAAAUCUGAAUCAUCAUUUAGAAGCUGCAAUUCACGAGGCCAUGAGUGAGUUAGACAAGAUGUCUGGAAACGUUCAUGCGGAUCGUCAGAUCAAACUGCCCAAACCCAAGAGGAGGAAAAUCUCCAGAUAACAGCAGUGACGCCAGAUUCCAAUCCCUCUCUUUCUUUCUCUGAUCAUGGUGCUACAGUCAUCAUGGCCCCGCCCUCACCCAGUGACUGACAGGUGCUGGAUCCGGCAGUUAGAAAAGGCAGAAGAACUAUUUUUUCUAGUCAACAAGGAGAAAUAUAAAAAAAAUAAAAAAUAAAUACUGCAUUUACGAACACAGACAGUCCAAAUAUUUCUGAUAUGUUUUUAAUGUGUAUAUAGACAUUACAGAAAUGUCAAAAAUGUCAUUGGUAGAAAUGUGGCAAGAAAUGUAAAUACUGUAGGAUAAUGAAAUGUACAAGCCAACUCAAUGCACACUUUAUCUUCAGCUGUACAAAACACAAAGCAGCCCAUAAGGCCCAGUGACAUUACAAUGAAUAAGAGUCAACCUGAGACUUUUGUAAGCUUGAGUUAGAGUUGUAUUUUGAUUGUGUGUGCGUGUGUGUGUGUGAGCGUGUGUGUGUGUGUGUCAGAGUGGACUUCACCAGCCUAUAAGGUGCAUGUUGCAAGGCAGACUCGAGGUUUUGGACUGUACAGGUCCGGUCUUUGAGCACUUAACACUAAUAUGCUGAUACUUUACGAAUUCUUAACAGUAGAAACAGAAAUAGUUUUGUUUUUGUGGUUUUGUAUAUUUUGCUAGUCUUCUCGCAGCAUUAAUGAAACUACCGUGUUGUUGCUGAUUCAUACUCUAAUGGCCUGCUAAAUUUAGGAGCCUCAUGACUAUUUUUUUGACAUAUUCAGUGAAACUUGGCAAUAAUGCGACCCUACGCACAUACUUGGUACAGCCUUAUACACGUGUAAAUGCAUACAUACAUAGAUAUAAGAAACGUCAGUAUUAUUCCAUUGAAACAGUAUAUUUUUCCCCUUUAUUUAUCGUGGCCCAGUGUUUUUGCAUUAAUGUGUUUGAGUACUGUGUUAUUAAAAGACGCAGAUGAACUGUAGAUUUGUUGAACCUCAUACAGACUCAGGAAAGACCUGUUAUCAUUCAGAUGGAAGUUCUCAGAGGAGUCAAUGACUUGGCUUUUUGUCUUGGGUUGCAGUUUUUCAUUAAUAUGUGACCAGUAGAGGUUGAACGUACAUCGAUGAUGGUUAGAAUUGCAGCAGAACUCGAAGGGAAAUUGGACUCGCUCACCAUGAGGAUGUUGGAGUUUGGAUGCAGGCAAGUUGUGCAUAAUGGAAAAUCCACAUGAGAGGUGUUAUACUGAAGACACUAACACAAUAUUGAAAUUGCUUUCAAUUUUGUUUUUACAAUCUCUGUAUAUUAGGAGACCGUGCUUGCAUCCGUCAGCAUGUUUAAAACUUUAAGAUGAGUCCAGCUGAACAGCAGAUGUUGGCCGUUUUAUCUGUCUUCGCAGAAAUUCCACUACAAAAUAAAGUGCAAUAUUGAAAUUGUGUCAGAGGUGCAGAGAAACCAUCCAAGCCGGAUCAGAGACACAGUCCCUCCGUAAGAGCAUCGUCUGCUGGUGAAGUCGACUCUGUUGUCAGUGCAAUGCAGCUCUGUUUUCAGUCCAACUCUUCAAGGUCAAACACAUUUUGUGUUCAUGUGCUCAGUGUUCAUGUGCCCAGAACUUUCUCCAUUUCUACUCCAGUCUUUUUCUUUCAUUUCUCUGUGUGUGGGUGUGUGUAGAAAUUUAUUUUCAUUUCUCUUUGCUUGCUCUUUUACCAUUGGUAUCUGAAUGGUAUUACAAACCUUUCUGAUGUCAAUGUUGUUUUUCAAUAUGUAUCUAUGAGUAUAUAUUUUCUCACCAGUAUGUACUUUACAGCAGUUGACUUUGUAAAGUAUGUCGUGCACUUGAUUUUCUUCGUUUCUGAUAGCUUUGAUGUGGCUGUUAGGCAUAGUUUCUUAAAGUCCAUAAUUUCUUAUAGUUUCAUUUGAUUUUUUUUAAGAUGUCCUAAACAGCAGUUUUGUAAAUAUUGUGGACAUUACAGGUCAUGCUGUGAUGUGACAUUAAAAUGAUGUUGCACCAAUGUUUCAAUUAAAACCUGGUCACUAAAAUU